AUGCCCAACCCCGCGACUCCACGCAACGUACCACCACCACAUCAAAGCCCGUCGUCAUCUUCCGCGGGACCCGUCAUGCACAGACCACCCGCAUCCCCGACUCCGUCCCAUCUCACAGCGUCUCCUGCAUUCGCCACGCUCCCCCACCCUCAUCUUCAUCCGGCCUCCCCGCACGCCCAUGCCCGCGCUCUAGUCGCCCAUCACCACCCCCGCCAUGUGUCUCCUGUUGCUGCCGCCGCUGCUGCUGCCACCGCCGCCGCCGUAGCCACAACGCCAAGCCCAACCGCCCGGACCACCACAACAGGCCCCUUCGCUGGCUACCCCCUUCCCGUAAAGAAGCCGAGAAAGCCUUACGUCAUCACGAAGCAUCGUGAAAACUGGACCCCGCAUGAACAUCAAUCCUUUCUCGACGCACUCAAGAAACACGGCCGCAACUGGAAACAAAUUGAGCAGCAUGUCAAGACGAAGAACGUCAUCCAGAUCCGCUCUCAUGCUCAGAAAUACUUUCUCAAAGUCCAGAAGAACAAUACUGGGGAGCACGUACCGCCUCCGCGUCCAAAGCGAAAGAAUGCCACAGCCCAAGCAGCUGCUGCCGCCGCUGCCGCUGCCGCCGCCGCCGCAAAUGCCAAUGCAGCUGCCGGUACAAGACCACCGCCUCUAAAUUCCCCGAUGCUGAGAUCACCUGCCACAUCAACUCCGGCCUCACCAGCCAUGUACGCUGCACACCACGCCGCUCUCGUGCAAGCACCGAAUAUGGCCAACUAUGCCAUGCAAAUGGCCGCCGCCGCCGCUUUCCCAUACGGUUCUCCAUACGCGCAGAUGGGUCCGCAUGCGAUGGCGGCCGCAAUCGCAGCUGCUACUGCCACAACCACCGCGACGACGCCACCGCUGCAAAAUACUCCGCGGCGAGCAAAAAGCGUACCAGCCCUUUCAUCGCAAUCCGCUGAAGCGCGAGGGAAUGUUCGUGGGGUCAAGCGCGCUUCGGUAACACCUUCCUUGCCGACCACAGACCCAGGACCGUCGCCGAAAAUCUCAAAAACUCAUAGCCCGUACGCUGGACACAUGCGGGAUGUUUAUGGGAAGGCAGAUACUACCGGAUCAUCGAGGAGCAAAUCAGGUGGGAAGGCGAAGGAGAACCGAACGUCAAACUCCUCGUCACCCAACUUCGCGAAUAUUUAUUCGUUCUUUGCCAAGAUGUUUGAUCCGAGUUGCAACUUUGAUGCUAUCACAGGCGUGAAGGAGGCGUCAAUGUCACCCCUAGAUAAGGAAGUGGUCAAAUUGUUAUUGUCCAACCUUGAGUACAACAUUGCAAACACGACAUUCAGGCAGCAACUACUGGAAACCUAUCGUCAACAGCUACAGCAAAGUGUUCAACAAACAGUCUCAUAAUACUGUGGGGCACGUUUAGGUGCGAAGCAACCUGGGGUACAUCGGACUGUGACGUAGCUAGUGUUGUAGGAUUGCGCCUUGGCUAUCAUUGCAUUAACAUAUAUUCAUUGCCGUUGCGCGGAAGAUAUGCGUUCCCGGUUCAA